CCACCGACCACCCUGAGCGCCGCCACUCCCACAGUACCGCUGAAGUGCCGAAGUCGCGAAAGCGGAAGGCCACCGUGCCAGCGCCGCCGCCGCCGCGGCGCCGCCCACGGCCUCGAAUGGAGUACCGAGCGCGGUCCGAUGAGGCGUGGUACGGCGCGCGCGUGGUGGUGCAGCAAGGCUUGCUCCGCGUCAUGUUCGAGAAUUCCACCGAGGAUGCGGACGAGUGGUACGAUCCAGGGGCUGACUUCGCAUCCCCGGGCGACGUGGACGCGCUCCGCGCCAGGUUCCGCCGGGAAUGCCUGGCCCUCGACGACGCCCGCUGCGGGGAUCUCCGCCCGGGAGACAAGCUCUGCCUCGCCUACUAUAUCCACGGCGAAGUCGAGGAGCUCAAGUACUACGACGCCGUCCUCGAAACCGUAGAGAGGGCAGAGCACGGCGUGGAGGGGUGCGCGUGCCGUUUCACGGUCCGCUGGACGGAGGGGCCGCGUAGCGGUUGCUUGGACAAGGUCGGCAUCAAGGUGGUCUGCUGCGUGCCGGAGUCACCGAUCCAAGAUCCGGUGCUGAGCGAGUUCCUGGACGAUCUGACAAAGAAGUUCGGCGAGGACCAAGGGACGGCGACGGCAGCGUCUCAGCAGGCAGCCCCGACCCCGAUCAGCGACAGCGAGGAGGAAUUGUGCCGGUACAGUCUCGCAUACUCCUCGAGUAGUAGUCUUUUCGUCUUGUAA